UAACAACUUAGUGUUUAGGUAAUUGAUUACCUAUAACCAUGCCUGAGCCCACAAAGUCUGCUCCUGCCCCGAAGAAGGGCUCCAAGAAGGCCGUGACCAAGGCGCAGAAGAAGGACGGCAAGAAGCGCAAGCGCAGCCGCAAGGAGAGCUACUCCGUGUACGUGUACAAGGUGCUGAAGCAGGUACACCCCGACACCGGCAUCUCCUCCAAGGCCAUGGGCAUCAUGAACUCGUUCGUCAACGACAUCUUCGAGCGCAUCGCUGGAGAGGCCUCUCGCCUGGCGCAUUACAACAAGCGCUCGACCAUCACGUCCCGGGAGAUCCAGACGGCUGUGCGCCUGCUGCUGCCCGGGGAGCUGGCCAAGCACGCCGUGUCCGAGGGCACUAAGGCCGUCACCAAGUACACCAGCUCCAAUAUGCUGUGGAACAAAUUUUAUUGUCUUCCUUCUUUUAAAGUUGAGGAAAUUAAAUGAGAAUGGACUGCACUGAAGUUGCAACUUAUAUCCUGUCUUGUGUGAAUGGAAAGACUGAGCUAUGAACUAUUCUCCAAAAUAAUUAUGCAAUCCCUGAAAAGAAAACAUGUCAUACCUCAAACUGUCAAAUUUCAAUAAAAAUUCUUUUAUUGA